GGCUUGACCCGGUUGCGUAAGUGAUCCGGACGUGGAAGUGGGAGGGGAGGACGUGACCCGGAGGUGCAUGGUGCGAGGGUCAAUAUGCCGCUACCCGUCCAAGUCUUCAAUUUACAGGGUGCGGUAGAGCCCAUGCAGAUUGAUGUAGAUCCCCAAGAAGAUCAGCAAAAUGCACCUGAUAUCAACUACGUGGUGGAGAACCCAACUCUGGAUCUGGAGCAGUAUGCAGCAAGUUACAGCGGCCUGAUGAGGAUUGAAAGAUUGCAGUUCAUUGCUGACCACUGCCCACAGCUGCGAGUAGAAGCCCUGAAAAUGGCGCUCUCAUUUGUCCAAAGAACAUUCAAUGUGGAUGUUUAUGAGGAGAUUCACCGGAAGUUGACUGAAGCUACCAGAGAGCUGCAGAACACACCUGAUGCUGUCCCAGAUGGUGGGAUAGAUCCUCCUCCUCUAGACACAGCAUGGGUUGAGGCUACACGCAAAAAAGCUCUCCUCAAACUGGAAAAGCUAGACACAGAUCUUAAGAAUUAUAAAGGAAAUUCAAUCAAGGAGAGCAUCAGGAGAGGCCAUGAUGACUUGGGAGAUCACUACCUUGACUGUGGAGACCUCAGCAAUGCCCUUAAAUGUUAUUCACGAGCUCGUGAUUACUGCACCAGUGCAAAACAUGUUAUUAACAUGUGCCUCAAUGUUAUCAAGGUCAGUGUUUAUCUUCAAAACUGGUCCCAUGUCCUGAGCUACGUGAGCAAAGCAGAAUCCACGCCAGAGAUUGCAGAGCAAAGAGGAGAACGAGACAGCCAGACACAGGCCAUCCUUACCAAAUUGAAAUGUGCCGCAGGCUUGGCUGAACUAGCUGCCCGGAAGUACAAGCAGGCAGCAAAGUGCUUCUUGUUGGCCUCAUUUGAUCACUGUGACUUCCCUGAGCUGCUCUCUCCUAGCAAUGUAGCUGUAUAUGGUGGACUGUGUGCACUAGCAACUUUUGACCGACAAGAAUUGCAACGUAAUGUCAUCGCCAGCAGCUCCUUCAAACUGUUCUUAGAGCUAGAACCACAGGUGCGUGACAUCAUUUUCAAGUUCUAUGAAUCCAAAUAUGCUUCAUGUCUCAAGAUGCUGGAUGAGAUGAAGGAUAACCUACUAUUGGAUAUGUACCUGGCACCUCAUGUGAGAACACUUUACACCCAGAUACGAAAUCGGGCCCUUAUCCAGUAUUUCAGCCCCUAUGUGUCAGCAGACAUGCGCAAGAUGGCCACUGCUUUCAACACUACUGUGGCAGCUCUGGAGGAUGAACUCACUCAGCUGAUCCUAGAGGGGCUAAUAAAUGCCAGAAUAGACUCCCAUAGCAAGAUUUUGUAUGCCAGAGAUGUUGACCAACGCAGUACUACCUUUGAAAAGUCCCUGCUCAUGGGGAAGGAGUUUCAGCGUCGCGCCAAAGCUAUGAUCCUACGAGCUGCUGUCCUGCGUAAUCAGAUCCAUGUGAAGUCUCCUCCACGAGAAGGAAGCCAAGGUGAACUCACUCCAGCAAACAGCCAGUCCCGGAUGAGCACCAACAUGUGAAGCUCUCUGAGCCAACAAAAGACUGUCCCUUCCCUCCCUGCCCCACAUACCCAGGGCCAUGCGUAUCCAGUACCCACAACAUCAACUGUCCCUUGGUGCCUUUUCAGACUCUCUGGCUGGGGGGGGGGGGGAGGAGGGGGCCAGGCUGUUGAAGGCAAGCUUUGAGAGUCUGAGAACUCCUUUUAGAACAGACAAUGUUCGUCAGAUGCAGCCCUUUGAGAAUAUGCAAGCCUGCGAGCUGGCUUCAUCCUAUCCUUCCCGGGGUUUCUCACAAACAGAAGCUGAUCUUGGUUUCAUUCAGCUGCCAAAAAGAGCUUUGUUGUUUUUGUUCAGUAAAAGAUAAAUAGCAUGAAUCUGGAGGACAUGUGUGUUCGUGCAGAACUUUUCAUUUGUGCGAAUGCAUCGUCUCAGGCCCUGAGAGUCUCUCUUGGACAGCAUCACAGGAAAACAGGCAUCCUUUCCAUUUAUUCACUUCUGGGCUGUGUUUUCAUUCACCUGGAAUCAGCUCCAUUUUAAUCUGUUCUUCCUGUGUUUUUUUAGUGUGUGUGCUCUGUCUUGUUUUCACAUCCCCAGACCUCAGAUGAAUAGUUGGUUCCUUUGAUAAUUCCUGCUCCAAAUGGGAUGGGGUGGGGGAACAUAUAUGGAAUUAUCUCCCCCUGCACUUGGGCAGGACCUGCCUGGGUGCCUGCACUACUACUUUUUAAUUUACUUCAUAACAAAAGGGGUAUGUGGUUACAGGCCUGACAGAUUGUGUUGCGUUAAGAAGCGUAGGUUGGGUGUUUGAGUGUUCCAGUUACUUAUAUUUGGGGAGGUUCAUUGGGGUUCAUCCCAAGGAAGCAGUUACAAAUUUGGAUUUAACUCUUGGCCAAUUUAUCUACAAUUUAUCCCAGACACUGUUAAUGUUGUUUAGUUUAAAGCCACAUUCUCUCCUAUGCAUUAAAAACAUAAUUGCAAUGAUAACGGCAGAUCUGAACAUUAAUUCUUGCUCUCCUCCACAAACUUCUCAACUCAAUUAUACUCUAGUACAGAUAACCGAAGGAUGCAGUUUUGAAAUUAAGGAUUGCUUGAAUUACAAUCGUAGAUGAUAUUGAACAAGUCUUUCUGUGGACCCUUUAAUCCUAGUGUAUCAUACCAUGCCAUUUUUAUAAAAGUACGGAAAGAAAUUGGUGAGACGGAUGAUCCAUAUGUAAUCUACGUAAUUUAAUGGGAGCUUUUAAUGGGAGCUUUUAAAAGUAGUACUACAUGAUAUUUAACAUAUUUCAAAGCAAAAUAAGGAUUCCUUAUCUUUCUUAAAAGAAUCCAUGUACAUUUAGUCCUGAAAUAUUUUGAAUUUUCCUCAUAGACAUCAAGGUAAUGUAUUGUAAUGUAUCAAGGUAAUAUAUUGUGACUUAAAGGCCACUUGAAAAAAAUAGUAGGCAAAACUAAUGAUGAAGAUAGCAUAAUGUAAUAAAUAAAGCACACCAUUACAGUAAGCAAGCUUAAAAUAAACUGCCUAAGCCAAAUAAACAAUUUUAACCCAGUAUUGAAAAAAUUAUGACUAGGCAGUAUAUUUAAACCUUGACUUUUCUUAAUCUGCGAAGUCAUAUUACAUUAUGUGUCAGGUUAGGGUUUCUUAAAUGUUGAGAUUUUCAGAAUCCAAUUUGAAAGGAGGUUUCUUAUUUUCCGUUGCUCACAAACACGGUAAAAAAUGAAAUUGCAAUCCUUUCCCGUUACUGUUCCAUAUGGGUUGGUCUUCCUCAGUACUUGCAAAGCAAUUUUUUAAGUACCUAGUUAUAUGGCUAAUUAUUGGUAAAUUUAGCUGCUUGCUGUUAAUUUUGCUACUUUUGUACUUUUUGUUAGAAGAUAUUUCACUUUUCUGAGUUUUUUCCCCCCUUCAUUUUAUAGUUCUCUAUAUUCUACAUUUCUUUGGUCUCUAAUAAAUAGCACUUCCUAACAAAAAUCCAGGUAGUUCUCAACUUACAACAGUUUGCUUAAUGACCAUUCAAAGUUACAACGGCACUGAAACAAGUGACUUAUCACCCCUUUUCACACUUAUGACCAUUGCAGCAUCCCCAUGGUCACAUGAUUUACAUUUGAAUUCUUGACAACUGACAUUUAUGACCCGGGGUUAUGUG